AUGUCCAAUAGGUAUGAUGAGGUCAUCAAGGGAAAAGGCAUAAGCACUCAAUUGUUGAAGCUGGUCAACGUGGAAAAGAGAAUCCUGAAAUGGGCUAAAACUUUAGAGGUUUAUGAAGCUCUAAAAAUAAAAGAGCUGGUCGAAACUAAUCUGAGAGGUCGAACUCUCUUUCCGAUCCUCCAAGCCAGAAAAGCCAAAUUCAAUCCUUUGGAAAGAAAUGCUGAUGUAGAGGAGAAGGCUCUGAAAAGACUUGAUGAAAUAAUGCAGGACUACAUUUCCAUCAUUCUCAAGUACGUUCAUGAAGUAGAUUGCUCUGGGAAUCCUUUAGGAAACCCUUCAGAUGAAGAUGAACCUAUGCAACUAUCCGAUGAUUGUGAAAAGAUUGUGGAACAAGUUCAACCCGAUCCUAUAAUUGAAGAAGAAGUACUGGAAUCCCUUGUUCUCGAAUCAGAGGCAUCUCUAGAGAAGGAGGCUGAAGCCAGUCAUCCCAUCAAAGCACGGUCUGAGGGGAAACCCUCGAAAGACGGUACGUCUGAUCAAAUUCACAAGGUAUGUGAAUAUAUUCUGGGUGAUAAAGAAGAGAGAAAGUCUAAAAGUGAUUUAGAGAAGGAUGAACCAGAGCAGUCCCUGCAUAUUAACACUCAUUUCAGUCACAUUCGGACCGCUCCAGCAGAUUCUCAAGAGAUGUCAUCAAAUGAAGGAACAUCCACCGGUGGUGCAAAGCUUAUGAAGUCAAUGACAGCAAUGAUGGGCACCCUUCAGAAGAUUGUUGUUGAAAUGCAAUCCAACAUGGUGAAGAUUAUGAAGACUCAAAAAUCAAAUAAGAAGGAAUUUGCCUCUCUUCUCAAAACUCAUAAUGAAAUGGAGCUAGCCAUGAAGAGGAACACAUACGAGAUCAAUAUCCUCAACAAGACAUACACCAAAUUCGAAAAGAACUUCUUUAAAUGGCAGACCGACUUGCUUGACUGCGAAAGGGAAAACUCCAUUGAACUUCAUCAAGAAGUCAUGGAUAGAAUGAGCCUGAUUCAAAUUCAAAUGGUUGAAUUACAGGGUCAUAUGAGCAGAGCUGAUGUUGAACGAUUGGAACAAGAUGAUUCUUUUGCAAGGCAAAUUCAGGUCGUUGAAGAUGCUGAAGCAGCUGCUAAUAAAGAGAAGAACAUUAUUUCCCAUAACAAUGAUAAUGUUAAAAAGGGGGAAGUAAGUUCUAGAGGUGGCAGUAGUAGUAGAGGAGGCGGCGGUGUUUCAACCGGCACCAGAUCAAAGAGAAAACAAACCGGUGAUGGAAGCUGCAGGCCAACCAAAAGAGGUGGAGGUCGCAGCGGUGAUCAUGGUGGUGGAAGUGGUCUUGGUGGCCGUUCUCUCCCUCCUUUGUAA